AAAGGGGAGGAGGUAGAGCAAGCUGUAUGUCUCUCCUGCAUCAGCGUCAACAUCACUGCCACGCCAGCCUUCGUCACCAGAAAGCAACGAGAAAGGAUUGUCGCACAACAGAACUUAAAAAAAACCACACCAUCAGCACCAGCGGCCCCUCCUCCUCCAUCAGACGUGCAUCCACAGAUUAGGCCAAGAUGGUUCUACGUUCCCCAGACACAGGCAUCUAAAGCUGCCCCAGGCAGGAGGAGCUCUCCCGGGCUUGAUCUGUGAGGAGAGGCGAGAAGCCAACGGACGGUAAUAUGGGCAACCAGGAGGCUAAGCAAAAGAAAGCUGCAGCAGCAUCGGGUAAUGGAAGCUACCCUUCACUGGAUGAAGGAUGGAGAGAGGGAGGAGGGGACACCACAAAAAAAGGAGGAAAGAAACACCAUGGUAAGCAUGGGGGUAAAGGAGCAGGCAGCGGUGGAGGAGGAGGGGGGAUGCAUGGCACAGGACCAGGAAAGAAGAAAAACAAAUCAGAGUCCAAGUCCUCUGUUUUCUCCAUCCGGAAGAGAAAGGGCAACCUGAAAGGGAAAGGAGAUGCGUGUUCAUCAGUAACAGGCUCAAAGGAGGACGUUUUAAUAUCGCAACAUGAUGAACUGGACAGCACAAAAACACCUGAAAUGUCCGCAGAUGAGCUGGGACAGUCGGACACUGAGGUUGAGAAGAAAAAGAAACCAGAGCCAGGGACAAAGGAUAAAGAUGGACCACAGCGGAAACAGGAAAUGCAGCGGAAAACCUCAACGGCGGCAACAUCUCCUGCAGAGGAUGGGGUGCAGAAGGGAGGUAGCUCGGGGUCGGACACUGAUAUUUACAGCUUCCACUCAGCAGCUGACCACGAGGAUUUGCUAGCUGACAUCCAGCUUGCUAUAAGGCUUCAGCACCAACAGCAUGGGGGGGUUAACUCAAUUGUGGAAGCACCAGGAGGGGGUGUAAAGGAUCUGAGCUGGGCAGGAGGAGAGGGGAGGAGGAAGCAGAGCAACGGGCUGGUUAAAUUAACUCCUCCUGAGGUGUUGGAUCUGACUCCAGAAUUAGAACUGGGGUCUGACGCCCUGUCAUUCCUAGAGACAGGGACUCUGCCUGGCUCUGUCAAGCACGCGGACCAGUCACCAACACCACACCCCCCAUUGCACUCAGAGGUACAGGACAGGAGGGAGGAGAAGGAGGAGGAGGGACUGGAGCAUCCGGAGCAGGGGGAGAAAGAAGUCUCUCUUUGUGUUGCCACAGGCACAAAAGACCAGCAUGCUUGGGUGCAGCAGCCCCCCGACACAGCCAUCACCAUGGCUACAGCUGGGGGGGAAGCAGUCAGCCCGGUCCCCAUGACAACUGGUUUUAACAGCUUCCCUGACCUCACAUUUGACAGCGCUGGGAAAAGCCCAGGGGAUGAAGUGGAAGCAGGAGGCGAAGGAGAGGAUGCAGGGCAGUCUGAGGUGGAUGUUGACCUCAGUCCUCCAUCUAACAGCCACAACAGAAGUCUUGAACCCACCGAAGGGGGGACAUCAGGGACUGUGUUUGAAGAAGGUGAGGGUCAGUUGGGUUCAGCUACCAGUGCUGAGUCCCUUGAGGACUGCUUGAGUGCUGGAUCUGAACCCAACCACUCUGCUGCUGCCAGCACCAGUGCCUCCCCCUCCAACCAGGAAUGCAGACGGAGCAGCGUGUGCUUUACCCCACUGCUCCCCCAGGAGAGCCCUACAUUGGCCAAACGACUCCUCAGGUCCACCCAAUCCUGCUCUUCCUCUGUCCCUGUGGUGAAACCCUACCCUCCCAUCUUCCCCUCUUAUAUCAAGACCACCACGAGACAGCUCAGCUCCCCAGGACACUCCCCGGCCCUGUCUCCCUCCCACAGCCCCCUAUCCCCGCGCAGAGCCCACCACCACCUCCACAGGACCAUGGUUGAAGGUCAUCAAGUCCGUAGGCAGCGCUCUCGAAGUCUUGCUGGGUCUCUGAGUCGCUCAGCUGACUGGACGGAGGAGCUUGAAAGGAGGCUGAGAAGCAGAGAGGAGGAUGGAGGAGGCUCAGGAGAAUAUCUGGUGGGCUACAGAGGAGGAGGCAGCCAACCCCUCUGUGCGACCAGAAGAUCCUCCUGUGGACAAGUUUCUACUUGCGGCUUUCAGGACGUCUUCACAGGUCGAACUCUUCUGGAGAAGCUGUUCGUUCAGCAGCAGCAGGAGGAGCCGGAGGAGGCUGAGAGGCUCUGUUCCAGGAUCUUGGCCAUGGGUCUCCUGCUCCCUUUCACUGACUGCUUCAGAGAGCAGCUGGGAGGAAGCACUGCCCAAAUCACCUCCACAGCACCAGCUAAGUUUGACCAUGACCAGCUGUAUACAUGGGCAGCAGUUAAUCAGCCGCCUCAUUCCCUGGAUCCUCUUGAAGGGAAACUACCAGGGCAGCUGAAGGGCCCCUGGCCUCCAGCCAAGCCAGGCGGAGACAGCAAGACUGGACUCAAAUCCAUAGAGGCAGGCAUUUUAGAAGACAAUCAAGAACACCAUGCAGGCUUCUUGGGUUUGACGCAACAACAGAAGGAGAGCCAAGAAGAGGAAUGUGUCCUUCCUUCAACAAAACUGAAAGAAAAACACGUCAAUGUCAUCCAGCAGCUGGAACAAACCAUAGAAGAUCUCAGGACUAAGAUUGCUGAGCUGGAGCGGCAGCCCCCUCUGCUGGACAGGGACAGUAUGAAACCCACCACCUCCACCACAGACAGGGAGUGUGGAGGAGAGGAGGGCCUCCUGAGGGUGGUGUGUGACGCUCACCUGCAGACGGAGGCGGGCCCCGAUCCGGGCUGCCUGGAGGCCAAGUCGGUGCAGACCUCGCCCAUGGACGACAGCUUUAGAUUCAAAGUGCCUUGUAGUGAGCCGGUUGGAGGGAACGCGUUCCUGCAGCCUCCACCCAAGCAGGAUGGCUUCCAGUGUUUAUGUCAGCUACAGCCUCCUCCUCCUCCUCCACCUCCUCUUCCAGGAGGAGCAGUUCCUCAGAUUGUGGCGCCUCCACCCCCACCACCUCCUCCUCCACCAUUACCAGGAGGCUCAAUGCCACCUCCUCCACCUCCAUUACCUCCUGGUACAGCAGGUCCUCCACCUCCACCUCCACCCCCACCGCCACUCCCAGGUGGUAUGGCUCCACCCCCACCUCCUCCUCCUCCUCCACUUCCUGGUGGCCUUGCUCCGCCACCACCUCCUCCUCCACCUCUCCCUGGCGGCAUGGCUCCACCUCCUCCUCCAUUACCAGGAACAGGUGCCCCGCCUCCUCCACCCCCUCCUCCACCAGGAGGCAUGUUUGUUCCUCCAGCUCUUCCAGGGACUCUGGGCUCCCUGCCUCCUCCUUUGCCAUUGGGGCUGUUUGCUCUUGGUCUGACCCAGGAGAAGCCCCCCAGGAAGGCUGUGGUGGAGCCUCCCAGACCCAUGAAGCCCCUCUACUGGACCAGGAUCCAGCUCAACACCAAAAAGGAGAGUUGUUCUUCGUUGGUGUGGGAGACCAUCGAGGAGCCAGACUUGGACUUUGAAGAGUUUGUACAUUUGUUCUCCAAAACAGCUGUGAAGGAGAAGAAGCAGCCGCUUUCUGACACCAUCACCAAGUCCAAGGCCAAACAGGUUGUGAAGCUACUAAACAAUAAGCGCUCUCAGGCAGUAGGAAUCCUCAUGUCCUCCCUGCAUCUCGACAUGAAAGACAUCCAACAUGCCAUCCUGAACUUGGACAACACAGUAGUUGACCUGGAGACCCUGCAGGCCCUAUAUGAAAAUAGGGCACAGCAGGAGGAGCUGGACAAGAUUGAGAAGCACAUCAAGUCCUCAAAAGACAAGGAGAACGCCAAACCUCUGGACAAACCUGAGCAGUUUCUUCACCAGCUCUCCCUGAUCCCAAACUUCUCGGGCCGAGUCUUCUGCAUCCUCUUCCAGUCCACCUUCUCUGAGUGCAUGUCAUCCAUAACGAGGAAACUGGACACACUGCAGAAGGUUUGCAAGGCAUUGCAGGACAGUGAGACAGUGAAACAGGUUCUGGGUCUGGUCCUGGCUUUUGGUAACUUCAUGAAUGGGGGUAACCGAACCAGAGGCCAAGCUGAUGGCUUCACCCUCGACAUCCUGCCCAAACUCAAAGAUGUCAAGAGCAGCGACAACAUGAAAAGUCUUCUGGCUUACAUUGUUGCAUACUACCUCAGGCACUUCGAUGAGGAUGCUGGUAGAGAGACAUGUGUCUACCCUCUACCUGAGCCUCACGACCUGUUUCAGUCUUCACAAAUGAAGUUUGAAGAUUUUCAGAAAGACUUGGUUCGACUCAGGAAGGACCUGAGAGCAUGUACAUCAGAAGUGGAAAAGGUAUGCAAAGUUUCAGAUGAGGAUAACCUGCAGCCUUUUAAAGACAAGAUGGAGGACUUCCUCGCACAAGCUAAAAGUGAACUGGAGACCCUGGAAGCUCAACUCAGCAGCACUCACAAACUGUUCCUGGAACUCACAGUGUUCUUCUCAGUGAAGGCCAAGGCAGGAGAGAAGGAAGCAUCACCCAACACUUUCUUCUGCGUCUGGCACGAGUUCUCCUCUGACUUUAAGGAACACUGGAAGAGGGAGAACAAAGUUAUUCUCAAGGAGAGGUUAAAAGCAGCAGAAGAGUGUUUCCGACAGGCAAAGGAAAAGGGCUCCUACAGCGUCAAACCCAAACAUGCCUCUGGCAUCAAAGCCAAACUUGGCAUGAAGAUUUGACUUCUUCGGUGGACUUUGAAUCCUUUCUCAAGACUUUUGCCAUCUUUGGGCACCAGCAGUGAGUGACGGACAAAAAAAGCAUGAAGAGGACAGAAGAGAAAAACGAAGGGACAUAUGUGCAGCUGAGCCUACUCUGGACAUCUUGUUUCAUUGAUUGAUUUCUUCCACUUGAAUCAGUGUUGCCUGUUCUGUCAGCUUGAUGCCUUAUGUUGCUCUCCUCUCCAGCUGUCUGAUAACUGAAUCCAACAAAAUUAUGGAUGCUGCUGCAGGGCCACCAGGCAAAAAGGAAUCAUGUGUCGUGGGAUGGCCGCAGCUCAGAAACACUAUACAGUAUAUAAUAUACAUCAGCUGUCAGCAGUGAAGCCUAUUUGCCUCCAUUUAGCAAAUAACAAUAUCUCACUAAUUAAGAUUUUCUGCUGAAUGGUAGACAAACAACACAACACAACCCAUGCCCCGAAUAGCAUCAACAACAGGGGCUUACAUAAUUAAAACCUUAAGGAUUAUAACUUUGAAUUGUUAAACUGCAGGAGCUUAUUUGCAGUACAUUUUUGUGCAAAUAACUUAGGAACAAUAGAGAUAACUUGCACAAGGGUCAGGAGGAUGUAAGGCUGCAGGCAACUGCAGUAACAGUAACGGAUCUAGCCAAGCACAAAUACAUGUGCACUCGGAUGUGUCAUUUCAUCACUUGUAUGUUGAGUUGAGACAACACACACAGUUGAUUUAAUUUUCUACACAACAUGCAUUCAUCAUCUUCAUAUACAUCAGCAUGCAACAUGACUACUAAAUGGAACUUGAUGGUUCAUUCUUGAAAUAGUUGAAAAACAUUCUCAAGGUAGUAGAAAGUUAAGAAGCCAUGGGCCUGAGAAAAGUGUGGCCAUUUAUAAAGCACUUUAUGUUCUGGUUCAUAAUUCCAUAACUGUGAGACAUACAAGCAAAAAAAAAAAAUUUCAAUUUGUUGAUUUAGGAAUACACCUGUUUUCACAUUAUGUUAAUCAUAAACCAUUAUAUUUGAAACAUUAUACAUGGUCAUAACCCUUGAAUGCAUUGGACAAUUGCAAAAAAAACCUUUUGGUGGCACACAUUAACAUACAUUUAGGGAAAGUUUGAGGGUUUUUUCACGUGAGGUUGUAUAAGGUUCUUAGUCACAGUCAAUGUAUUACCUGCAGUAGAUGAUGGUCUGCACGUUCCCAGUUUGGAGAACCAGACACGCUCCAGUAAAACAGACUGCAGACGGGGUCUGUUGCAAAACAUAUUUUAACCACCUAAACGAAGGCCCACCCUAAAAAUGUUAUACCUGUUUAUGUGUCGUUUAACAGUUAACAGUUGUUUUAUUUGGCACUAUUUUUUGUCAACCGUAGAACUUACAUCUUCCUACGCACUAAUAUGCAUUGCGUGCUGCAGCAGAUCAGCUGUUUUGGUUUUGGUCAGUUAAUAGUUUUUGUAAGAGAUAAUAAAUACAAGAAAAUAAAAAUGAGUGAUUAUGGCAGCGAUGAUGAAAUGCCGCUCAAUAUGGAGACAAAAGGAUAUCUUUAUGAACCGGAAUAUACAGAAGAAUAACUUUUGCAGUUGGAGACUGAACAGGCUGAAAGAAAGAGAGGAAACUUCUGUGGAAAAUAGACCUCAAGAUGAAGCCCAAAAAAAGGGCCCGAGCUACCUGGUGGUGCUGCUGUGUAGACUGUAAACACAUACCUACAGACCAGGAGAACUACUGCUGCCAUGAGGGGACCUGGCUCUGUUUGGCUUAGACGAAAACAGCAGAUCUGCAGCGCUUAAACGUAGGAACAUGGAAGUUCUACGUUGAGAAAAAGAAGUGCCAAAUGAAACGGCUGUGGAUAGCAACAAAAACCAGUGGACAUAUCAUUAAUAUAGUGUACACAUAUACGGGUAUAACAUUUUAAGGGUGGGCCUUUAUUUAGGUGGUUAAAUAGUUUUGUGACAGGCCCUGUCUGCAGUCUGUUUAUUGUCUGGAGAAACAGAAUGCGUCUGGUUCUCCAAACUGGGAACAAACAGACCAUCAUCUACUGCAGGUAAUACACUAACUGUGGGUAAUUACCUCAUACAACCUCAGUUUUAAAAAAUCCAAAUUAUCCCUUUAAUUUGCCAUUACUUUAUCUGAAGUCUAAUUUAUGUUAAGCUGUCAAAUUCCAUCACCAUCAGAUAUCAGCUUGAUUGUCCAUUGUACUUUUUAAUUGUAACACUGCAGAACAUUUAUACACAUUGUGUUAUUAAAAUCUAUUUUAAAUGAUUGUGCAGUUUUGGUAAAAGUAUGGCAGUGGGAUUUUUUUCCUUUCUUUCUUGGCACUUGACUUGGGAUUGUGAAGCAUUUCCAUCAAAUACACAUAUACACAGAACUGAGCCGGCUUGCCUGUAUAGAAAUACAAUCUCAGCAGCCACUCUGAUUAACAGCAGCACUUGUGGACACUCUGUGAUAUAUUCUGGUUACUGUGCAAAUAUUACUGACAACAACUUCAAAAUGCUGUCGUGUUUUGAUUCUACAUCCUGAUUGUUCCAUCAAUUUCACUCAGUAGAAAAUCACCUCAGUAUGCAUCUGUAACUAUGUUUGAGCUAUGUUUAUGGGCAGGAGAAGAAUGUCAUUGUAAACUUACAUGUGUAAUUUCAAUGUACUGUAUGUUCAAUGAUUCACAUCACACUGGAUGUACCGUGUGUGUGUGUGUGUGUGUGUGUGUGUGUGUGUGUGAGGGAACGAGAGACAGACCGAAUUUUCCUCAUCAACUGGUUGAUCACAUAAUUGUGGUUAAAAGUUAUGUAAUGAAGGAUGUGUAUAGUGCAUUAAAUUACAGCUGUUGAAUUUUGUUGCAGAAUUAUUGACUUUAUCAAUGUAAGGUAAUAAAUUGUUUAAAAAAAAGUAUUGUGAGACACAUUUUGUGUUUCUUUCAUUAACGUCCUUCUCUGCUGGCCAGCAUGAUACUCUCUUUGAACAGUUUCAUGUGCAAUAAAUGUUUAUGUAUACUUGUAUAUGAAGAGGAUGCAUGUGGUCUGGGACUGGUGUAAUUUAUUUAAAAUAAAGAAAAAUGAUUUCUGCA